AGAGGAUAAUGGAUCCACACGGAUAUCAUAAUAGGAGCUAUCAUUAGCAGUGAGAAAACCCUUUUGUGCUAUCUCUGAGGUUUGGAAUGAACCCGAAAAUGUCUGCCUUAAGCAGCUCCCGAUUACACCUCUUGAAAUGCAGCCCUACCACUCUAGCAUAUUCAACCUCCUCCUCCAAGCCCUCAUUUCGAUUUCAACAAAAGCACCCUCCUUCAUAUCCAGCUAUAACAUCUGCUUCUUUACCUAGUAGAAAAUGCAACGCUGAAAAAGCCAGUGUUAGGUGCCUUGAUCAAGAGCCAUCCCAAGUAAUUUCCAUGUCUGAGGAUGGAAGUGGGAAUGAGAAGCUCUCAUCGAGGUUCUUGAUAGUGGGAGCUGUUUCUGUAGGAGUAGCGAUGCUGCUGAUGGGGAUGGAUGAUCAGCAAAAGGCAAUGGCUUUAGGACCAGAAGGGCCACUGAUGGAAGAGUUCUGGGACAAUGUAAGGAGAUAUGCACUGUAUGCUCUCACGGUUAGUACAGGUGCUCUCUACGUUGUCAUCCAGCCUAUAUAUGAGUUGUUGAAGAAUCCCAUCUCUGCAAUUCUAGUUUUGGUCCUUUUAGGGGGAAGUUUCUUCAUUCUUACCCAAGUUGUUUCAGCCAUGAUUGGUGAUACAGACUUCAAUUAUCAAUACCAAUAUUAAUCGAUCAGUUCCAAGAAGUUAAUCGGAGAUGAUGAAGAAAGAGAGCAGAAACUUUUCGAAUCCAUCUAGUUAUUGAUAGAUAUCUAGUUUACUUCUAUAUAUUACACUUGAAGUUGUAUAGAAGCAAAUUAAGAGCAGCAUGUCCAAUUAAGUUUCUUCCUUAUCUUAUCAAUUCAGAGGAAU